GACAUCAAUUGUACGUCCCGGGGUCAAUAUGAAAUCUCCCCGGACAAUUAAAGUGACCAUUGUUACUCGCACCUGUGUGUUUUGACCAGUAUUUGGAGGCCGUUAGGUACUGUACGUAGUAACAGGCCUAGCUUUGAAGCGUCCGGACUAUUGGAAAGGCUUGUCGGAUUAGUAUAAAUGUGUGAUAACUCUGAUAAAACAAAGGGCGCGAUUAAACAAGAACAUCCGGAAACGUUCUGUCAGCUUGGAUCGUCCACACUCUGUUGUGGGAUAUUCGGACGGAUCGGAGACACAUAUUCUGUCGGAUUUUCUCUCUGAUAGAGGAUUCUUUCAGAUAUUCUGACGCGUCGUAGAAUCUCUCCCGGAUAUUCUGAUAGAUUGGAGAUUCUCCCGGAUAUUCUGACGGUUGGAUAAGGGGAAAUACCACGGACGAAAAUGAGUGAACAGCAGGAACAGAUCAAAGUGACAGCCAGUCCAGCGAAGCCGAAGGGGAAGAAAAAGGAAAGAAACCUUGACGCCGAAAUAAAGGAACUAUUCAAUGCCUUUGACGAGGACAAGAGUAAUUCGAUCUCGCUUGGCGAGCUGAGGAAAGCGAUGAACUUCAUGGGUCUUUCUCCAACCAAGAAGGAAGUCCAGGCAGCUAUGAAGAAUCUCGAUAGGAACGGUAAUGGAAAAAUUGAGCUUAAAGAAUUCCGAACAUUUAUCAAGAGUGAAAUGGAAAAGAACCCGGGAUGUUUGGACACAGAGUCGUCAAUAAGGUCUGCCUUCAAGGUAUUCGAUAGAGACGGAAACGGGUAUAUUGAUGGGAAGGAGCUAAAAUACGCCAUGAAGCGACUUGGUGAAAGCAUGACUGAUGACGAAAUAACGGAAAUGUUGCACGAGGCAGAUGUUGACGGCGACGGAAGGAUUAAUUACGAGGAAUUUGUUCGGAUAUGGAGUGAAUCGUUAUAAAGGAAGACGAAUGAGGUUUUAUACCAUUUACCAGACUCUUUGAUCUACAUUAGUGAUACCAGUGGAGCAACCAUGGUAUGACGUCACUGCCAGACUGGUAUGACGUCACUGUCAGACUGUCGCUAAAAUUAUUUCAUAUUUGAUGACCUCCCUUUAUACGGUAGCUUUACUAGAUAUCAUUCUCUUCGGCGAGACCAAGUCGGAUUACCUACCCCUGAUCGCGGUGUUGUUGGUGAUGUUGUUCAUAGCCUUGUUAUAUUUUUGCCAAUGGCUGCAGGUAUGACGUAAUGAAAUUAUAACGUAAUAUCGAGGUUAAAUAAGAAGGAUGACGUUAGUACAACAGGACGUUAUAUCGAGGUAAUCCUGUAUAUCAAGUGGCAAUAUGUAAAUUUCCGGAGUAUUGCAAAACAUUUAGCCCAUUGUAAAUUUUCAGACCAUUGUACAUUGUAGGGCCAUUAUUAACUUUCAGGCCAUUAUAGAUUUUCGGCCUAUUAUAAACUUUCAGGCCAUUGUAAACUUUUGGGCCAUUUUUAACUAUUUGUCUAUUAUAAACUGUCGAGUCAUUUUAUAAAUGUUCAUGCCAUUGUCAACUUUCAGGCCGUUAUUAACGCUCGGGGCAUUGUGAACUUCCGAGCAAUUAUAAACGCAUUUUAAACUAUCGGACCAUUGGAAAAACUUUCGAGCUAUUAUACAC